CGGCACCCGCCGCCCCCAGCUCUCUCUCUCUCUCUCGCCCGUGCUCUCGAGCUCGCUCCCGCCGCCGUCGCGCCUCAGUUCGCGGUGAAACAGCCCGAGCAGCGAGUGCCUCGCGCGGGUCCCGGAGCUCCGUCAGCACAGCAGCCGAGCUGGAACAUGGGCGGGAAGUGGACGCACUGAAGUUGGCGGCGGACAAGGAAGCGGUGGCGGCGGCGCACACUUCGCUCUCGCAGUCAAAGGAGUGAGCAGAGCCUUCCUCAGAUCUCGCCUGUCUCCCUGGGCUAAAAUGAGUAUUACCAGCGACGAAGUCAACUUCUUGGUCUACAGAUACCUCCAGGAGUCAGGUUUCUCUCACUCAGCCUUCACCUUUGGCAUCGAAAGCCACAUCAGCCAGUCCAACAUCAAUGGAACACUAGUGCCCCCUGCUGCUCUCAUCUCCAUCCUGCAGAAAGGUCUUCAAUAUGUGGAGGCAGAAAUCAGCAUCAACGAGGACGGUACGGUGUUUGACGGCCGGCCCAUCGAGUCGCUGUCCCUCAUCGACGCGGUGAUGCCGGACGUGGUGCAGACGCGGCAGCAGGCCUUCCGCGACAAGCUGGCCCAGCAGCAGGCCGCCAGUGCCUUGCCUGUGUCGGCCUCUGGAAACCAGUCGGGCGCGCCGAAGAACGGGGACGCCACGGUCAACGGCGACGAGAACGGCACGCACAACAUGAACAACCACUGUGAGGCCAUGGAGGUGGACGUGGACGUGGAGAUCCCGGCCAGCAAAGCCACGGUGCUGCGAGGUCACGAGUCUGAGGUCUUCAUCUGCGCCUGGAACCCCGUCAGUGACCUGCUGGCCUCAGGCUCCGGGGACUCCACCGCCAGGAUCUGGAACCUGAACGAGAACAGCAACUCCAACUCCACCCAGCUGGUGCUGCGCCACUGCAUCCGCGAGGGCGGCCAGGACGUCCCCAGCAACAAGGACGUCACCUCCCUGGACUGGAAUAGUGACGGGACGCUGCUGGCCACCGGCUCGUACGACGGCUUCGCCCGCAUCUGGACCAAAGACGGGAACCUGGCGAGCACCCUGGGCCAACACAAGGGUCCCAUAUUUGCACUCAAGUGGAACAAGAAGGGGAACUCCAUCCUCAGCGCCGGCGUGGACAAGACGACAAUCAUCUGGGACGCUCACACGGGCGAGGCCAAGCAGCAGUUUCCCUUCCACUCAGCUCCGGCUCUGGACGUGGACUGGCAGAACAACACCACCUUCGCCUCCUGCAGCACCGACAUGUGCAUCCACGUGUGUCGACUGGGCAGCGACCGGCCGCUCAAGACCUUCCAGGGUCACACGAACGAGGUGAACGCCAUCAAGUGGGACCCCUCAGGGAUGCUGCUGGCCUCGUGCUCGGAUGACAUGACUCUCAAAAUCUGGAGCAUGAAGCAGGAGUCCUGCGUCCACGACCUGCAGGCCCACAGCAAGGAGAUCUACACCAUCAAGUGGAGCCCCACGGGCCCCGGAACCAGCAACCCCAACUCCAACAUCAUGCUGGCCAGCGCCUCCUUCGACUCGACGGUGCGACUCUGGGACGUGGAGCGCGGCGUCUGCAUCCACACGCUGACCAAGCACCAGGAGCCGGUCUACAGCGUGGCCUUCAGCCCCGACGGGAAGCACCUGGCCAGCGGCUCCUUCGACAAGUGUGUGCACAUCUGGAACACCACGACCGGAGCGCUGGUCCACAGCUACCGAGGCACCGGCGGGAUCUUCGAGGUUUGCUGGAACAGCACUGGGGACAAGGUCGGCGCCAGCGCGUCCGACGGCUCCGUCUGCGUCCUGGAUCUGCGAAAAUAGUGAGGAUGUGAGCAAAAUGCCUUUUUCUGACACGGACAACAAGUCGCUGAGGAGCUGUCAGCUGCCGAGAAACGGACCUUCAGCGGGCGGAACCAGGCGACUGCAGCAGCUCCGGAGCACGACGGAGGCCCGGCUCCCGCCGACCUUUCUCAAGGGUUCCGAACGAGGAGCGCCGGCCCUGGGAGGCGCCGCUCCAGGUCCGAGGACGCGGUCCACGGUGACCUCGUGAAAGUCCCCGCUGGGAUCUCAGCCCUCACUCUCACUGCAGGCGACGCGGCGGCUCGUCGAGAUUAGAAGAUGUCAUUUUGUGGAGACGCCAGCAGGAGGAGAACGUCUGCCUCUCUUGGAUGUAAAUGUGAAGAAUGUAAAGUCAUGUAAAUUAGAUUAAUGCACAGACUUAUAUACUGUGUAUAUAUGUUUAUAUCCACACCUGAGGGGCGCCAAGAGGCUCGCGGCCCUUUUUAGACGCUUUCUUUCUUUGUUUCUUAAAGACGGCCCGAGCGAGCCGCCGCCGCCUCUCUGGCCGGGUCAGCGACUGUGGCCAGCCCGACGACGCUCCUCACACGCCAUCGCUUUUGAUUUCAGCCUCUUCAGUUCUCCUCAGUCAGUCAGACGGACGUGAAGUGCACUUUGGCGCGAGAGCGACGGGCCGACGCUUAGCUCUGUUUUUUUAAUGUCACGGUUGGAUGUCGACGGGCGCUUCGCUGUUCUGUUUCCGGAGCCAUUAUUGUCUGUGUCAGACGGAGAUUUGGGCUGUGGGGUCGGUGCGUGGGCAGCGGGUCGAGACCGCUGCGCCCGAGUCGGGUCGCGUUUCCAGGACAAAAAACCUCCAAGUCAUCCAGUGUCUCAAAUAAAUCACUCUAUUUUGAUAUCGCAAAACACGUGUCUGUCGCUCUGUCGGCGAGCAGCAGGUCUUUGGGUCCAGUCCGAGUCGUGACCUCGGUUGGAGGUCGAGCUGCCGUGAAAGAGAACCGUGGGUUUACAGCAUGAAAUGAACAAGUGGGAAACAAAGUCGCGUGGGAUUAAUGACCCGACACAGCAAGUCCUGCAGCUUCAACCUCGCUGCUUGUCUUCUUCAUCUCCAACCUCCUGGGUCCAACUCCGUCCCUCCUCUCUCUGUCUCCAAACUUCUCGUGUCCUUCUGACCUUCGCCUCAGUAUCUUCACCACCUGACUCGCACCGUGACGUCACAGUCGUCUCUCCACUCCUCCUCCUCCUCCUCUCACUACGUUUGAAGCGAGUCCGUCAGUAGCUUCAAGCCAGGGCCGGAUAAGUCUGUCCCAGCUCCCCGGGAGAGAGGCUCACGCUGCUGAAAUCUUCUCCUACAUUUGAGAGACGGCGCCCCUUGUGGCGGCCCGGCGACUCUACCACGUGAUCCGAGGGAGGAAAGAUCACCAACAAAACGUUUGGGAAAUGGUUUAAUCGUUCUCACAUCAAAAAUAAAUCUAAAGUGCGGCGGCGGGCGUGGCGGCGACCCUCUAGCGCCGCCCGGAGUUCUCCAGCGACUCUCCGUCCGCGUCUACAUCGUCAAAGUCCCGCAGACGGCUGGAAAUGUGGAUUUCAACUGUGCUAGAUUCUGAACCUAAGGCAAGACAAGAGAGGAGGGAGGUUACAGGGGCAGCAGACUGGACGCCAUCCUGCUGACCACAGCGGCCGCCGAGCGUCCCGC